AUGAGGAGUCGACCUCUUGCAGCCAUUCCUGGUAGGCCUUGGGCAAGUCAAGAGAUCACCAGAUUUGGAAUUCCUGAAACCAUGAUAUCAGAUAAUGGGACACAGUUCACAGACAAAAAGUUCGGAGAGUUCCUCUCCGGAUUAGGAGUUAAGCAGAAGUUCUCCUCGGUAGAGCACCCAUUGAGUAAUAGUCAGUUUUAUAGGACAAUACCCCAGUCCUCUACCGGAAAAACGCCUUUCUGGCUUACCAAUGGAGUAGACGCGGUGAUUCCAGUUGAAAUAGGGGAGCCGAGUCCAAGGUUGCUCCUCGGCGGUGGUGAAGAAGCAGUAGAGAAAGACCUGAUUGAUGAGACAAGGGAGAUGACCCAUUUGUCGGAAAUGGCAUUGAAACAGAGAAUAGCAUUGCGAUACAAUAGGAAAGUGCUAGGCAGGAGUUUCGAGAAAGGCGACCUCGUAUUACGGUGCAAUGAUAUCAGGCUACCGACCCCAGCAGAAGGAAAACUGGUGGCGAACUGGGAGAGCCCAUAA